CUGUCCCUUAUGUCUCUUUGUGGGUAACAGAAUAGACUUCCCAGAGCAUCACUGGAGACAAGACAGAGCUCUUGGGAGGACACCCCUGGUGCAGAACUCCACGCAACCCUGGCCUCGAUUACUGUGGAUGCCCAGAUGAGCACAAGGAGAGGAGACACAGACCUACUCAAGCUGGAGAAAAAACAUCCAGAGGUCCUAAACAGGAGGUGGAACUUAACAGCUGGACAACCCAAGAGGUCAAUUUCAAGCUGAAGACGACAUGAUCAGCAGGUCAAAAUCAACAACGCUGGACUGGAUUGCUAAGAAAAAGUGGAGCAUUGAGGACAGAAGAAAUGUUCACAGGGUGUGGAGUGGUCAGUGGCCAGAACCAGUACAUUGCCAGAAAUGCUGUCAGGCCCCACCCAGGACUAGAGGUGAACAUACCAAUUCAAAUGGAGAAUGGGGUAACCCCAGGGACCUGCUCUGUCUACCAGGAUCAAACUUACGGGAAUGCUGGCCAGCCAGCAACAGUGGACAAUGUUUCCAGCCCGCUGAAACCAACACCACUACCAGUCCCUCCCCCUGCGAUCAAACUAGGGCAGGAAGGGUUCAAGAAAGUCUGUCGAACUGAGGAGGACAGCCCCUGUCCCUUUCCAGGACUAGCCUCUGGGGUGCUGGAGAUGCGUGUGAAGGAGGGAAGUAAGAUUCGCAAUUUAAUGGGAUUUGCCAUGUCACGGAUGCAGGGAGAGAAGGGUUUAAGUGGGGAAGGUGUGAGUGGUGGUGGGCUCAGACAGGUGGUCUUCACUGGGUCAGGCCGUGCUGUCACAAAGACCAUCACCUGUGCUGAGAUCAUGAAACGAAAAGUGGGGUCACUACACCAGCUGACCAAACUGCAGUACAAGGUGGUGAAAGAGGUGUGGGAGAGUACUGAAGGGGGCACAUCUGAGAUGACGGUGCACAGGACUGUGCCCUCCAUCAGCAUCCUUCUUUCCAAAGAUCCACUGGAUCCACAGGAACCAGGCUAUCAGCCUCCUGAGACACUCAGUGCGUUGUGGGAGGAGAGAGAGGGUGUCGAAUCUGCCUCGCAGGCAGCAUGCAAGAGACCUCUUGGACCCUUGCCAUACAGCAGUUUCUCUCACUGUAAGAGAGUGUGUUUGGGGGAAGGGGUCUCAGUCCACCCUCCUCACUGACUGGCUGAACUGGUGUCAAACAGUGGAGAGGAUUGAAUCAGAGGAGUUAAUUUGGCGCUGCCCUCCACUCAAGCACAAUGCUGAGACAAUCAGAACACUCACUCAGACAGAACAGUGCUUUCUCAGAAGAACUGAGUACCAAUUCCAGCCUCCAGAGGUCAGUUUGACUGGGACCUAAAAGCUUGCCUCUGUACAUACAGCAUUUAAGGGAUGUGUUUCUCUGCACGUCCAACAUGGUCUUUCACAUCCACAGAACUGUGAUGAUGUGUGCUAUAAAAUCUUUAAAAGAUUCACAUCCCAUUUCACACCAACAAAAGAAAAAGCCAUGAAUCGCACAGGUUCCAGAUUCUUUCUUGCAGUAAACUAUCUACAGCCUGUGUACUAAAUCAUUUAUUAGCAUCUCUAUUGCUCACUGCUCUUAAGUGUGUCAUAAAAACACAGAGUAGAUCCAAGAGCAUAAAAUAAAAUAAAAAAGCUAAAAGCCAUUGAUGACAGAUGCAAAACAUACCAAUUUUAUUUGUCUGAUUAUUAACUCUCAUGAAAACAAAAUUAAAUAAACAAAUUCCAAUGGAAAUUCUCUUUUGUAUUUCAUCUUUCUUACUCACACAUCAUUGAAUUUGCAAAUCUCUGAUUGAACAGAAAAUCACAGUGUGCUGAUCUUUUGAUAAGAAUAACGGCAGUGAAAUUUGUCAGUAGAAAAAGCUGAUUUAAUGACAAAGCUGUUGAUAAGGCACAGCUCCUAAACCAACCCAGCCUGACAGAUAUGCCUAGGGCAGAAAUACAGGCACAGAUUAUCAUUAAGAUAACAACAUAACAUCACACAACACAGUGGAGAAAAGGAUUAAAACUAGGCUUGACAGAGCUUCUGCACUACACUGUUCCUGCAAAAUAUGAAACCAAGGCAACACGCUAUUCUCUUUCCCCUUUCAGCCAAUAGGCCUACGCAUACUCCAUAUCUAUUGUAUAGCACAGUCUACCUCUUCCGCUAUAUUUUACCAUUUUUCAAGCAAAAUAAUAUGCUCAACAAUGUGGUCUAAAAAGAGCCAAGUUUUCACAGUAACACCAUGUACCU